CAUUUCAAUCUUUAGCACUCGUUUUUUACAAAAGAAGCCUCAGGUAAUUCAGAUAAAAUAGAAUCAAAGGAGAUUAAGUGAAAUUUUAUCUGCAAUGAAAGCGAUUCGCGUACUAUCCUUUGGAGGACCUGAAGUACUGAAGUUCAUGUCGGAUGUGAAGGUUCCAAGUGUUUCAAAUGGGCAGGUAAACGUUCAAAUAGUAUUUUCUUUUUUUUUAUGAUUCUUUUCUGAUCUACAUAACUUAAAGAAAAUAGUUGUUUAAGGGUGUGCUUCUCCAGGCCCUACACCCGUUCUCUAUUCAUUCUCCUGUUUUCGGAGGCAUGGGUGCUGUGUGCGGUUUAAUUAUUGAUCGUUUUAGAAAAAUAAUUCUCUCGUCACAUAUAGAAAGGGAAAACUUCAAAUCUGUCUUCUUAUGCGCAAUAUUUUAGGGAAAUCUUGAGGUUUUCAUGAGUCACGUAUAUUUCAGGAGGUAAGACACGCCUCACACACAAAUCACGAAUCACGCUCGCCUUUCUGUAAAUUCACGCGUGACAUUUGAAUCUUUGCCUUUAUAAUCACGCGUCACGUAAAAUUCCUUUGCAUCCUCUUGUAGGUCCUUGUCAAAAUUAAGGCGAUUGGGAUCAAUCCUGUAGACACUUACAUAAGAAGUGGAACUUACGCCAGGAAGCCAGAUCUACCUUACACCCCGGGUUCUGAUGGUGCUGGUGUGGUACACAGUGUAGGAGCAGAUGUAACCCAAGUCAAAGUGAGUUUUCAGUUAUUCAUAGUGGCCAAAGUACUUUAUUUAUUUACUUACCUUUUUCGGCUUUUGUAUUAAUUUUAUGUAUGGUGACUCAAACUUGAAGUAUGUGACUGAUGACUCUAACUGAAACUGAUCUGUUGUAAAAAUUACUAGAUUAAAAAAGGCUUAAAUAGUAUAAUUUAUUUUGUGUUUGGUGCAGAUUUUUAAAAUUAAUUUUGUUUUGAUGUAUGAAAGUGGCGAGGUGAGAGUAUAUCUUAUGAUUAAGUCUAGACAAUGUGGUAUUACUAUCAUGAAUUUUUUGUUUCUAUUGUUUUCUUUCAAGUAGAACAAGGAAAUCAUGAGCAAUAGGAAACUUCUGUGAACCAGUACCAUAACCCAUUUCAGAAAAGAAAGAUGUUAUUAUUUUUGCUCCAAGCUUGAUUAGUUUGUCUUGUUUAGUUUUAUGAUUAUUAUUUUGGCUGCAAAAUGAAGACCUCUAUCAGGUGUAUGGAAUUGAAUUUCAUACUAAUUGUUUCACCAGGAAGGAGACCGUGUUUACGUCUGUGGCAGCAUAACAGGGACAUAUGCAGAGUUUGCCUUGUGUAACAGUAGCAAUGUUCAUCUUUUGCCAGAGAAUAUUUCCUUCAGUCAGGGAGCAGCUAUUUAUGUGCCAUAUUACACGGCUUACAGAGCAUUAAUACAAAGGUGUGUAAAUUACAAAAUUACAAAUAUUGGAAAAAUAAAAGGAAGCUGCCAUAGACAUAAUUAAUAAGAUCAUUAUGAGAGUUAGUAGUGGUUAAAGAUAGAAGGCAAAGCUAUAGAUACCAAGUAUUGAGAUACAAUAUUGAAAAGCAGCCAUAGUGCUAUUUUAAACACUCCCAAACUUAGAGGAUAUAAUAUAAACAAAGUUAACUGAUGUUUACCAAACACAUCCUAAACAAUCCUCUAUUUAGCCCAACCUUUUAUCUCGCAGGGAACAAAUUUUUUGGCCAAAAGCUAACUGUGUAAGCAUAUUUAUUUAAUUAAGUCAACCCUUUUAAAGAGAGAUUGCGAGGCCCACUGAUUGUGUAAAGCCAUGGUUUGGGUUAGACCUCUGGUAAAUAACCAGCCCAAGGGAAAGAAUGAGACACACAAAAUUCACACACUGGUCUUUUUUUGGGACAAUGUAUUAUGCUCUGUGAUGAUCAAUAUUAUUAAACAGAAAACAAAUGUAUAUUAUUGUAUGCUCAAGCAAUUUAAAUUAUUGUAAUACCUAAGUCUAUCUCACUUUUUUGCAGAUUACAUGCGAAGGCAGGAGAGACGGUCUUAGUCCAUGGAGCUAGUGGAGGGGUAUGUACAUCAGAAAUGUUUUUGAAUGUAGAAAAAAUAUGAGAACUAUCAAGUUUAUAAUAAGAUUAGUGAUGAAAAUGUUUUUGUUAUUGUGCUCUUUUGUAUGUUGACUUCUGUGUUGAUCACUCUAAGUCAAUUCUUCUCUUGAAAAAAUACAUCUGUCAGAUUAUUUUAUUAUUUAUCCCUAAGCUACAUGUACCUACCUUGAAAAUCAGAAAAUCAUGAACAUUUAAUUGAUUUAAUUCUGAAAAGUCAGUGGUAUAUUGAUCAAUCAUAAUUAGCGUAGGACACACAAGCAAACAUCAGUACCACAAAGCAACAAAAAAUUACAUUUAAUGUUGUGAUUUGUGGUUUAUUUUUCUGACUUGUGUUCUCCAUAAAACAAGGCUUUUUUGAGUACUGCAUUAAUAACCUUGCAGCAAAUAACUUCCUACACCAGUAAGAUUUGGUUAUACUGAAAAUAAACUUAAGAAACCUUUGUUAGUAGUGAUCCAACUGCUACUAUUUUAAGGGAAUGUGACUGCUACCCAGAAAAUAAAUUUUUUCCUUAUUAGAUUUUUAUGCAAAUGAGACUUUAUUUGACUGAGACUUUAUUUAAAGAGGUCGACACAUGACAGCUUUUGCUGAUAACCCUGUGGCCCUCUAAUGUAACAACCUUUGUCUCAUGUUCAAUGGCUCUAGGUUGGCAUAGCUACUGUGCAGCUAGCCAAGGCAUAUGGAUUAAGGGUGUUAGGAACAGCAGGGACAACAGAGGGGGAAGAGGCAGUGAAACAGGCAGGGGCCUCAGAAGUGUUCAAUCACAGAGAAGAUGGAUAUGUUCAAAGGAUUCUGGUAUUAAAGUUUAACUUUUGAUCAAUUGUGUUAGACUGUGGCUUUUGAGAAACUUUACUGUGUGUAUCUAGUGUACUGUUCAAAAAAUAAAUCAAUAAAGUUACUCAUCCUAAAUUCAAAUUUGAUUUUCAUAAAAUAUUUAAUGAAAUUUUCAACAGGAUGCAACUGGUGGACAUGGUGCAGAUGUUAUUGUUGAAAUGCUGGCAAAUGUCAGUUUGGCCAAAGAUCUUCAACUUGUUGCCAACAAAGGCCGCAUAGGGGUAUGUCAGCACUGCUUGUGACAAUGAAACCAUCUGUGCUUAGUUGUUUCUAAGUUAAUCAGUAUCAGAAAAAAAUUGUCAAUCAAUAUAUGAAACAAUUUGUCAAUUAAAGGCAAAUCAAUUUUCCUGCCAGUCAUUUAAUCAAUAAAUCUAUGGAUCUUUGAAACCAUUUGUCAAUCAAUUGCCCAGUCAACCAAUUGAUCAAUCAACUUAUCAAUGGAUUGAUUGAUCAAUAAGAUUGUCAGUCAGUCAGCCUGACAGUCAGGCAGACUGCAGGUCAGCAAAUCUGUCUAUCCAUUCAUGCAUCUACCAGUCAGUCAGGUUUACAGCCAGCUAAUUAGUUAGUCACUCUUUUUUAUUUUGAAAUUGUGCAAGAACAAAAUGUUUGUUUCUUCAAUUUGUAAUUAUUGCUGUUAUGGUCUCCCAGCUUUGGAAAAGAUGAAAAUUAAGGCCUGAAAUCAGUCUUGGUGUGAACCUUUCAGGUUGUUGGCAACAGAGGUACAAUUGAAAUAAAUCCAAGAGAAACCAUGGCUAAGGAAUCCAGUAUUGUUGGUGUUAUGUUAGGUAAAGCUGGUGAGGUAAGAAAUACAUCAAAGAGUUAUUUUAAUGCCAACCUAUAAUUUGCUUCAAUUUUCUGAAAUAAUACAUGAAAAUUAUGCAUACAUACAUUUACCUCUUAAAAAGUGUUGCAGGUCAAGUUAAGUGACUGUAAACCAGAGAAAGUUCAGACUAUGCUGGUUUUACAGUAGUUGGACACAAAUGGGCGAAAAAAAUUGGAAGGGUUCUGAGGAAGAGUCACAUGGAAAGAGUCUGCCCUUCCCUCUAUUCAGGCUCCCCUUGUUUUUUCUCUCGCUUGCCUCACAUUUCCCUCACCCUCCAAACUGGCUGGCUGAGCAUGUCAGCGAGAGGUGGGUUGACCCAAGUAGUACAUCCUGGCAGAGCUUUGCCCAGUUACAGUUGUGUGAUGUCCCUAGGAGUUGUACCACCACCACCCCUCCCCCCUACUCUCCUGAAUGAGAUGCUGGAGUCUCCCAUAUUCCAAAUCAAGUCAAAGGUAUAAAUUGUAUUUGUGAAUUUUUUUAUUUAUUCUUUUUGUUUUUACACUUUUGCCUUCUUUAGGAGGAGAAACAAGAAAUAACAGCAGCAAUAGCAGCAGGGCUCAAGGCAGGGUUUCUUAGUCCAGUGGUUGGACAUGAAUACUCAUUAGACCAAGCAUCAGAGGCGCAUAGAGAUAUCAUAGAGAGCAAAGGAGCCAGGGGAAAACUAGUCUUACUUACAUGAUCAAAAUAUGUGGUGUGUGGCCUCAUUAUUAACUGUGGAUGGUCCCCCACUGAUGACACGUUGCAAAAGCCCAUUUUUUGAGGGUUGGGAUUCAAAGUGUCAAGUUUUCAAUGGAAUAUGAGUAUUUUUUUUUUAUUUCUAUGUGGCAGAUUAUGUGAAGUGAGCUAGUGGGUAUUCAGAAAUGGUAUAGAGGUCACAUUUAAAUUGAGUAGUAGGGAUAGUGAUGAUUUAGUGGAACAGAUGGGGGUAACUUUGACUGUUCUGUCUUAAGUCUGAUGAGGCAUAGUGAAUUAAAAAAUGAGUUCUGCACAGGUGUUCUUGGUGGUAAGUCCAAGGCAUGGUUUCUUAGUUCAGUGAAUUGCUUGAAUAUUGAUACUUGUUGAAUCAAGCUUCAGAAGCUCGUAGAGAUAUCACAGAUGGUAAAAUAAGAGAGCUAGUCCUAUGAACAUAUUUUAACAAACAACAUUGUACAAGCCACUAUUAAUGUAUAAUAAAACAAUUAUUGAAUUUGGUUUUUGCAUGAUAUCUUGAAUUAUCAAACCUGGUAUCUGACUGUGUAAUCAGCCUCACCGAGCCUUCGGCUUUGGCAGAAAACUCGGACCUCAGCAUUGAUAAUUUAUGAUAGCCUGCUCAACCUCAUCUAAUAAUUGUCUAGUGUAUGGACACAAAUGUGUGAAGUGAUAUAGGGUUAGAGAGUGCACUAAAUUUGUGAACCACAGUUGGUAAGUUAAAACAUUUUCCUCAAGCUUCAUGUG